AUGGGCCUCAGUUCAGUGAAGCUGAGUUUGCAGUAUUUGCGAAGACAUGGGCGUUCGAGCAUAAGACCUCAUCCCCCAACAUAUGCUCAAUCCAAUGGUAAGGCGGAAAAUGCCGUAGAGACAGUCAAGCGGCUCUUUAAGAAGUGCAAAGCAUCCGGGGUAUCCGAGUUCCAGGCUUUUCUUGACUGGCGAAACACUCCGACAGCAGGAAUUGGAACCAGCCCGGCGCAAAGGCUGAUGGGCCGUCGAUGCAAGACUCUCCUUCCAGUGGCGGGCUCGCUACUGCAGCCGCGGCAUUCGACAGAAGAAGAGACUCGUCGGCUGAUCGGGGCUAAGGAACGACAGCGACACUACUAUGACCAGCACGCUAGGCCUCUACCACCAAUCGGAGUUGGAGAAUCGGUGAGCAAGAGACUCCCAGGGGAGAAGACCUGGAGUGCAGGCACAUGUGUAGGGCAAGCUGGGCCGGGGAGCUACGAGGUGAAAGUGGGAGAUGGUACCUACCGGAGAAACCGGCGGCAGGUGAUAGGUACAGGCACGACUGAGGCGCCAACCAUGGAAACCAUCCCAGACCAAGCACCUGUGGCAGAUGACGAGGAAGAGGACCCCAUUGCUACCCAGCCCAAUAGUCUAGCACCGGCACCGAAUGAACCAAGGAGAUCCCAGCGUGCCGUUACCCCCGGCUUGGCUACAGGACUAUACACCGGGUCCAUUUUUACACUUACAGGACUUUCGUACAUAAGCAUUAAGGAAAAGGAAAGAUGUAACAAUAUUGCUGUGUUCAGUUAG